AGACAGGGAGCUGAUGAAACAGAAGAAGAAGAAGCCACACGGAAGAUUAGCACAUUAGCUUUAGCUUCCCAUCUGUCAGAAGGUAGCUGAUGACUAGUCUAGUUGUUUUAUUUAAUCAUGUGAAUGUCUGCAGCAAAAAUGUCUUCAUUUCAGCAUCCGAGCGAGGUCAAAAACGAGCAGUUAAUUCCAGAUGAAGAAACAUUGUAUGACUUUAAAGAAAUUAUUGUCAAGACCGAGGAAGAGAUCGAUGAAUGGCGCAGACAGCUGAACUUUAACCGCGCACCCCUGAUCAUCUUACACCGAAUAGAUCACCCUGAAAAAUCUGCAUGUGAAGAGGAGGGGGUUUUAACUGAGAUCAGCAACCAGAAGGGGGAGUCCACCUUAGUUCAAAAGGACCCAAAUCCUCUGCAGAUAAAACUUGAACAAGACGAAAGAGAACAUCAACAGUUCAAAGAGGAGCAAAAGCAACUCCGCAUCAGUAACAAUGAAGAGUACCUUGUACUGAAACAGGAGACCAAUGAGGUUCUUGUAAUCCCUUCUAAUGUGCUACAAAACCCCAUUGAAACUGAAUUGAACAGUAACAGAGUCAUUUCUCUGGCCUCUCUUAAAGUCGAAAACCAAGAUCAGGAAGGAAGCAGUUCCAAGGAUCUAAGCAAAACUAGAGAUGGAGAGCAGAAACAAUAUGAUAGAUGCCUUAAAACCAGAGAACAGAAAGACACUGCUGACAGUACAAAAGCAAAAACACAACUGAAAACUCCUCCUGACCAAAAUAUACAAACUGGUCAAAUUUGUGAUAAAAUUACAUCUCAAAACAGUCACUCAAAGACACAUAUAACAACUGUUACAGCUGAAAAGCCUUUCUUAUGUACGACCUGUGGAAAGAGUUAUAGUAGAAAGUCUGUUUUAAGGCGUCAUGUUAAAAGUCACUCAAAUGAGAAACCUUUCACGUGUACAACCUGUGGAAAAGGUUACAAUGAAAGAAGUGGUUUGGCUUAUCACGUGAAAACUCAUACAGGUGAGAAGCGUUUUUCAUGCAUGACAUGUGGAAAAAGCUUCAUUAAUAAAUCUGAUUUGAAAUGUCACAUGAGAACUCACACAGGUGAGAAGCCUUUCUCAUGUACAACUUGUGAAAAAAAGUUCACCAAUAUAAGUAGUUUAGCUCGUCACAUGAGAACCCAUGCAGAGGAGAAGCCGUUUUUGUGUGUAACCUGUGGAAAAAGAUUUUGUGAUAAGAGUAGAUUAACUUCGCAUGUUAGAAGUCAUUUGGGUGAGAAACCUUUCUCAUGUAUUGCUUGUGGAAGACGUUUCACUCGUAAAACCUUUUUAGUAAUUCACAUGAGAUCUCACACAGGUGAGAAGCCUUUCUCAUGUACAACAUGUGGAAAGAAAUACAGUGAAAGAAAUGCUCUAACUUAUCACAUGAGAACUCACACGGGCGAGAGGCCCUUCUCGUGUUUUAAGUGUGCAAAAAGUUUUGGCCAUAAAAAUGUUUUGAGACGUCACAUGAGAACUCACACAGGUGAGAGGCCUUACACGUGUGUUACCUGUGAAAAACGUUUUAGUCAUAAAAGCCUUUUAACUAUACACACGAGAAUUCACACAGGUGAGAAGCCAUAUUCAUGUAAACUGUGUGGAAAGAGAUACAGUGAGAGAAAUGGCUUAACUUAUCACAUGCGAACUCACACAGGUGAGAAACCUUUCACAUGUUUUAAGUGUGCAAAAAGUUUUGGUCAUAAAAAUGUUUUGAGACGUCACAUGAGAACUCACACAGGUGAGAAGCCUUUCUCAUGCAUUACCUGUGCAAGAAGCUUCAGUCAUAAAAGCCUUUUAAUAAGUCACAUGAGAACUCACACAGGUGAGAAGCCAUACUCGUGUAAAACCUGUGGAAAGAGGUUCGGUGAAAGAACUAGUUUAAAUUACCACUUGAAAACUCACACCGGCGAGGGUCUUUUCUCAUGUGUGAUCUGUGAAAAAGCUUUCAUUAAAAGAUAUGAUUUAACACGUCACAUGCAAACUCACACAGGAGAGAAGCCAUUCUCAUGCGUAACCUGUGGAAAAACUUUCUGUCAAAAGGGUAAUUUAAUAUAUCACAUGAGAACUCAUACAGGUGAGAGGCCUUACCCAUGUAAACUCUGUGAAAAACGGUUCACCAGUGGGAGCAGUUUAACUGUUCAUAUGAGAACCCACACGGGUGAAAAACCUUUGUCAUGUACGACCUGUAAAAAAAGAUUUACCAGUGGAAGCGGUUUAUCUUAUCACAUGAAAACUCAUACACGUGAAAAGCCUAUUUGUAAUGUAUGAAUUAUAGUAUAGUUUAACUUUAAAAAGUCUAAAGCCUCUUUCCCAUUGCAAUAACCAAGUUUUUCAAACGGGUCAACCUGCUAACAAACGGCAUUUGGCUCCCUUCCCAUUGGCAAAAAAAGCUGGAUCUAACCCCUAGCUGGAAAGCUGUGGCCUCUGUCCCCCAUCGCUGUAUGUCUGGUGACACCAUGGUGUGAAAGUAAACAAUGUAUAUCAACAUGCAAGGAAAACAGGGCGAAGUAAGUGUGCUUUAUUGUUUCACUCUUUUAUCUGUCCGAAUCCCUCUUACCAGCAUUUUAUUGAACAUAAAGGGAGUUAUGCUAGGUUGAUAGAUAGGAAGCGACUGGCAUAGAGUGUUGACGUCUGUACGUUGCUUUCAAUGGUGUCACUUAAAUUGGAGGGUCAACCUGGUUCUGGUGGUCCUACUGCAUGCCGAUCAGAGCCGAGGCGAUUUUAACGCUGGUCGCUUUCCGAGUCGUUUGACCCAGAUAGACACUCGUCAGUGAGCUGUUCUCCCUGCCACUAAAAGCCGAUUGGUCCAGGGUUUAAAAUUUUUUUUUUCCGGCCAGUAUGAAAGGGGUAUAACUCAUCUUGAGUGGAUGUACACAGAUUAGAAGCUGUACUGGAUGUUUGUUUAAAAAAAACAAAAACAGUAUGGCGAAAAAUCUUAUCUAAUAUCUCACCUCAGAAAAUAUUAUGUAAUGUGAGCUUUAGGUUUAAAGAUUCUUGGUAGCUUGCUGUUUAGUAAAGGGAGAAAUAUCUGUUUAACAGCUUGAUAUGCAAAGCAUUUUAAGGUGAGUUUUUAUUUUAAUUCUUCAGUAACCUUAUGUAGAUUGUUGGAAUCACCCAUAUUUUAAAUUAUUUGUUUUAAUGAAAUAUUCUUAAAUACAAUGUUUUUUUUUUUUUUACUUUUAAGAAUCAUUAAUAUUGUGUCUUAAUGUGUCUUCUUACCUCUUGAACAUAUCUUGAUGUGUACUUGUAGUCUAUAAAAGUCCAGAAAAGUUUAAUUUGGUCUCUAGUGUUUAUCCUAAUAUGUUGUUGGGAUUGUAACUUUCCAUUUUCACUGUUUAAUAAUAGUAUUUUCUGUGAAGCUGCUAAAAAAGGUCAUGAACUAGUGGUUUACAAUCUACUGACUGGCAUUUUUUGUUAUUCUCACAGAAUUUAUGAAUAUUAAGUUGAAAGAUAGAAAAUCAAAAAGCUGAUCAGUAUAAAUAUAUGAGUCUUUACUCAAUCUCCCAUCAUCAAAUCUUCUGGUCUUGUUACAUUUAUUUGUUUUAUUGAAAAUGUACUUACAGAAGUGCAGAAAUUCCUCUUUGUUUGCUAUAAGCACUUCAGGGGAUGAGUGCUUCAGCAGCCUUGACCAGUAUGAAGUAUUGGCUGAAAGACUUUCUUAGGGGUCAGUUCCUUCUGACAAAAGAAACAAUGGACAGAACAAAGCGAUAAGCUGGAGAAAACACUAAAAUGACAAUAAGCUUCAUAGAUGCGUUUAUGUAACUUACUAGCUGGUGUUUGGAUGGCACUGCAUUGCGCCAUCUGGUCAUGUUUGUGCAGCGUGUUAACUUGUAGUUUCUUAAAGACAUAACCUUACUGUUCUUUGUCGUCUUAAUAAAUACAUGAUCUAAAUGCAUUCAGUGAUGUUCUCUAGUGUUAGAUACUUCUACUUUGUUUGGGUCUUGUAUAAAAGACAGAAUUAAGAAUCUAUGUUUAAGUGUACCCAAAAUUAUUGUCUUCGUUCACUCUGCUAAGAAUUAUAUUUUAUAGACACAAAACUUAAAACACUUUGAAGAGAAAUGAGCAUACUUAUCUCUUUUUGGAGUCUGUAUUCAGUCAUAUUGUUUUAGUGUUUUUAAAGGUUACUUGUAUUUAAAUAUUAUCAGUAACAUUAAUGACACGAUUAAAGUUUAUGUUACUACUCUGGGUUGGUAGAGUUUUUUCUACGUGAGGAAUUUGUAUUUUUCUCUUAGCUUAGCAAGGUAUGGCGAAAAAAAAAAAAUGCCUGACAUGACAUGAGAAAAACAAAUUUCUGCAGCGCUAGAUACGAUACCUCUGCUAUCAAACUACAAAUAUGGCCAAAAAAGGUGUGCAUUUGGUUUUAAAGCAACUGUAUCAAAACUAGCUGCUGAGAGUUCAAAAAUGGCUCAAAUGCAUGGCUGCAAGUUAUAUUUUCAGUUGUUUCACACUUUUUUGUUAAGUAUAUAAUUCCACAUGUGUUAAUACAUAGUUUCAAUGCCUUCAGUGUGAAUCUUCAAUUUUCAUAGUCAUGAAAAUAAAGAAAACUCUUUGGUCUGUACUGUAUUCCUAGUGGAUAUAAAUGCUUUCAGAUUUACACAGUAGUGACUUUAAGAUGUUUUAUACUCUAUUUUUUUUUAUCUUUUGCUGCAUUUAUACUUGAUAUUAUUUUCUCAGUAUUUUUUAUUUGUAAAUGAAUGCUUAAGGUUAUGGACAGGCAGCCUGCAAAUUAAUUACUCUUUUGGAGUAAUAACAUUACCUCACACAUAUUUUUUCAUUAUUGUCUCUUAGUUUUGAUUUAAAAUAGUAUUUAUAUGAUGCAAUUUAAAUAUUGCGAAUAAAUUCCUUUUGUUAAAUCAUACCAAAGUGUAACUUUUUACUCUGGUAUCUUUUUUUUUAUUUACAUAGAAAUUAUUUCUUGUUCAAAGAGGGGUUCGUUUUUGUUAUAUUAUUGAUUGUAUAGAUGCUAUAAUUAAAAAGAUAAGAUUAAAACUGUAUAUUUACUGUUCUUAUUAAAAUUAUUUUGCUAUUAUCCUUUA